CACUUCCAGCCAGACUCAGAUCCAAGAUGCUUCUUCGGCCUUCGAGAUUUAUGUGCCUGUACCUGCAGUUACUUACCCUGUCCUUCCUAAUCCAGGACUCCAGGCAGACCACAGCACACUUCAGGACCUAUGUGGAGAACCACACCAGACACUCGGAUGACCUGAGCCGGAAGCAAAUCCGAAUUUACCAGCUCUAUAGCCGGACCAGCGGCAAGCACGUCCAGGUGCUGGGCAAGAAGGUUAACGCCAACGGGGAGGACGGUGGAAAAUACGCUCUUCUGGUGGUGGAGACGGACACCUUCGGCAGUCACGUAAGGAUCAAGGGAAAAGAGACGGGCCAUUACAUCUGCAUGAGCAAACGUGGGAAGAUUCUCGGCAAGGUCAACGGGAAGAAUCGGGAAUGCGUGUUCAUUGAGGAGGUGCUGGAAAAUAACUACACAGCGCUGAUGUCCGCCAAGUACAAGGGGUGGUACCUGGGAUUCACCAGGAAAGGGCGGCCGAGAAAGGGAUCCAAGACGGAGCAGAACCAGAGGGAGGUCCACUUCAUGAAAAGGCUUCCCAAGGAUAAGGAGGAGCAUCAUAAACCCUUCAAAUACACCACAGUGACUAAAAGGACGAGGCGAACUCGCCACCAGAGGCCAGCCAGAGCCUGAAGGACCUUCAUCAACAGCCCGCUGGCUGCCACAGAUAAAAGAGAUCCAGUAACCAUAAUAGAACCACUGAAAGACCAAACUCAACAGGGCGGACAACCAGUGUAAAGAAGACAACAAACUGUGCAAAUGCAAAAGAAAAAGAAGAAAUAAUGAUAAUAAACAAUAAGUUUUGAGAACAUGAG